CACUUGACUGGUGAAAUGGAGCUGCUAGGGAAACUAUUGAUGUCGCUGCUGAUCCAGCUGCUGCUGAUCUCGCUAGCGCGCAGCGAGCAGGAGCGGGAGGAGACGACAACCAGUCGGCCGUUGCUGCCCAUACGUCCGCGCAUUGUGGGCGGACGACGUGCCAGUGCCGGGCAGUUCGGACACCAGGUGUCGGUGCGCUUCUUUGGAAGGCACAUCUGCGGCGGCUCCAUAAUAUCGGCCAGCUAUGUGCUGACCGCGGCGCACUGCAUCCAGUUCGGGCAGGAUGUCACAGAUCCCUCCAGGCUGGCGGUGCAGGCGGGCAGCCUGAAGCUGAACAGCUACGCUGUCUACGUGGAUGUGGCGGCGAUCGAGGUGCAUCCGCAGUACCUCAACGGGGGCCAGGGCUACGACAUUGCCCUGCUACGUCUGGCUAGGCCACUCAGCCUCAAUGCCAACAUUGUCGCCAUCCCGCUGGCCGAGGCGGAUCCGCCAGUUGAUUCCGUUGUGCACAUUUCCGGCUGGGGCGCCAUCUACCACGGCGGACCCACCUCCAACGACCUGCUGUACGUCCAGGUGCGCAGCAUUGCGCGCUCCGACUGCACCCUCCGCUACUAUGGGCGCCUGCCCGCGACGACCAUGUGCCUGCUUCACGGCGCCAAUCUGGGCGCCUGCCACGGCGACUCCGGCGGACCGGCAGUCUACGGGGGUCGGCUCGUAGGCGUGGCCAGCUUUGUGCUGGGCGCCUGCGGCCGGGAAGCGCCCGACGGCUACGAAAGCAUCGCCACCCUGCGCAGCUGGAUAAUCAGCCAUUCCGACCUAUGAUCCCCCGGACUUUCGAAGGGUCUUGCCCGUAUACGCAUGCUCAAUAAAAUUAUAUAUCUAUAUACAUA